AAAAAAAAGAAACUUGUUCCGCUGAGUUCAACCCCAGACAGGCUCACAACUUCCUUCCUGCUUUCCUACCCCCUCCCUCCGCUCUCCUCCUUCUCUCGGCUCCUCUCCCUCUCCUCCUCCUCCUUCUCCUCCUCCUCCUCCUCCCGCUCCUCCUGCUCAUCCUGCUCUCCCCGCCGUUCCGGCCGCACGACGACAGGGCUCCGCGGCCGCCCCGCGGUCCUGGCCGCAGCGCGGAGCGGGGAACGCGGCGCUCCCGGCCCCCGAGGGGCGAUAUACCCGCGGGCAGCGCGGGGCUCCGCCACCGUGGGGAUGGCUCCGGCAGCGCGCUGCGGCCGGCGGGGCGGCGGGCGCUGAGCCGCUCCAGGCAUCCCGUUUUAUGGAGCUGUGGACCAGGACCAGCCCAGCUCCCCUGCUGCUCCCUGGCGAUGCUGCUGAUCCUGGCUUGGAGAGAGCCCCGCUGAGCCUGAGAGCCGAGGUGGCGGCCUGCCUGUGCGCCCCGGCUGACUACUAUGGCUGUGUACUGCUAUGCGCUCAAUAGCUUGGUGAUGAUGAAUAGCAACAGUGAGGUGAAAAGCAGUGGGAGCAAGACACCACCUCCCUCCAGGCAAGCGCUGCCCAGGAGCCCCGAGGCAGCCGGCAGCUGCUGCCCGCUCCCUGCCUUCAGCCCCACCACCGUGCCACCCCGCUCCCCGCGCCUCAGCUCUGCCUUCCUCUUCCCUCCGCCUGAGGAAUCCCCUCCGCAGCUGGGCAGCCCCGGGGGACGGCGGGGCAGCCGGGGAGGAGAUAGGCCGCCAGGCUCCCCUGCAGCACGGCGCCUGCAGAGAGAGCUGCACAAUGUCCAGGUGAACCAGAAAGUGGGGCUCUUCGAGGCACACAUCCAGGCUCACAGCUCCGGGGCCCAGUCGCUGUGGAGCCCCCCGCCAUCCUCUCCUCGUCCUUCUUCGCCCCAGCCAUCCUCACCUCGGCCAUCUUCAUCUUGGCCAUCCUCGCCUCGGCCAUCCUCUCCUCGACCUUCCUCACCCCGACCAUCCUCACCCCGACCUGCCAGCCCCACAGUGCCAAUGAUGGGGCUUGGCACAGGACCCCGGCCACGGGCUUAUGGGGAGAGUGAUGAUCCUGAUACUCGUGUGGCCCAGGAUCGACCGAGCGUUGCGGGCCUCGUGGUGACAGAGGGGCAGGCCAUGGGGCAGGAAGUGGAAAUGGAGCCAUCAGGGAGCAGCCCACAGCGAGGUGAGGUGGACAUGGCCACCUCGGGACUGGAGGGCCAGUACCCAGUCGGUGGUGGUAGCAUCCCCGCUGUCAUCAUCACAGACCUGGGGGGCACAGAGGAGGAGGCGGGUGCCGUGCCUCCCAGCAGCCUGCCUGUCCGCAAGCUGUCCUCAUCAUCAGCCUCUUCCACCGGUUUCUCGUCAUCCUGGGAAGAGUCCGAGGAGGACAUCUCCAGUGACCCUGAGCGCACCCUGGACCAGGCACCCGCCUUUCUGCAGACUCUGGACCAGCAGAAGCCCCGAGUGAGCAAAUCAUGGCGGAAGAUCAAGAACAUGGUGCACUGGUCCCCGUUUGUGAUGUCCUUCAAGAAAAAGUAUCCCUGGAUCCAGCUUGCAGGACACGCAGGUAGUUUCAAGGCGGCAGCCAAUGGCAGGAUACUGAAGAAGCACUGUGAAUCAGAGCAGCGCUGCCUUGACCGCCUGAUGAACGAUGUCCUGAAGCCCUACGUUCCUGCCUACCACGGGGAUGUCAUGAAGGAUGGGGAGCGAUACAACCAGAUGGAAGAUCUGCUAGCUGAAUUUGACUCCCCCUGUGUUAUGGACUGCAAGAUGGGGGUCAGAACAUACUUGGAGGAGGAGCUGAUAAAGGCCCGGAAGAAGCCAAGCCUCAGGAAAGACAUGUACCAGAAGAUGAUUGAGGUGGACCCUGAUGCUCCCACUGAAGAGGAGAACGUGCUGCGGGCAGUCACCAAGCCCCGCUACAUGCAGUGGAGGGAGACCAUCAGCUCCACAGCCACAUUGGGCUUCAGGAUUGAGGGGAUAAAGAAAGAGGACGGCACUGUGAACCGGGACUUCAAGAAGACGCGGACAAAGGAACAGGUCACUGAGGCCUUCAGGGAGUUCACAAGGGGGAACCGCAAUGUGCUGAACAGUUACCUGAACCGGUUGAAGGGGAUCCGUGCUACCCUGGAGACGUCUCCGUUCUUCAAGUGCCAUGAGGUAAUAGGGAGCUCCCUGCUCUUCAUUCACGACAAAAAGGAACAAGCCAAAGUCUGGAUGAUCGACUUUGGGAAAACCACCCCGCUGCCCGAAGGACAAGUUCUCCAGCACAACGUGCCCUGGGUGGAAGGGAACAGAGAGGACGGCUACCUCUGGGGGCUGGACAACCUCAUCCAGAUCCUGACAGACUUGUCCCAGAGCGAGGACUUGCAUUAAAGCCCACGUCCGACUCUGCCACUACCCAAACCUGCCCCCAACUGACUCUUCUGAACUGCACUACAAGACACUUUCCAACCCUUGCCCUUCCAAUUUUAAAGCUAUACUCUCCCUAUUUAAGGUGGUUUUGUUGUGGUGUUUUGUUUUAUUUUUUAGGGUAUUUCCUCCCCCCCCAUGUGUAAAUACAAAGCUAACCUGCCAGAACAAAUACUGAACUUGGAACCUUGGCUUCACAGAGUUGGUGGCAGCCUGGGAGGGAUUGGUUAGAUGGGCACGUGCUUUUGCCUCUUGUGCAGCCUGGUUUUCAGCGAACCUCCCUCCCAGGUGGCUGUGGAUCAGGGAUGCUGCAGCCAGGCUCUGUGGUGCUGCAGGGUUCUCCCUGCUCCAGCUUCAGAGGCUUCAUCCCAAAAACACCUCUGGCUAUGCCUGGAACCCUCCCAUAUACAAUGGGUGCAAGCAAGAAAGGCUUGGAGAUGGUGAAGAGUUUUUGUUGGGGGGUAUCUGCUUUUGCCAGCACCUUUUGCCCUAGGAAACUGGCUGUGCUGAGUCCUUAGGAGUCACAAGAAAGGCAAGUUUGGGUUUUUCUCUUUGUGUUGGAGCCAUCCCCUUAACCCUGUGGAGGCUGCUCCCCCCUUGAUGAGUUACGGCAGGGCUGUGUGCUGGGUGCGGGGACCUAUCAUGGCCAGGUGCUGGGCAUGGUGAUGGUGCAAGUUGCUUGUUGGAGAUUCAACCCCAGCUCUCCAUUCUCUGUGGGGAAUAGAGGCUUUGCUAGGGCUGCAGGGAGAAAAACAGCAUAGAGGAGCCCACUGGAACCUAAGGCAGCCAACCAGUUCGGCUGCUCUUCAUCCCAUGCAUGCCAAGGGCUGUGCUGCUGUAGGGGUUGUGCUGCCAGUACCUGCUCCUGGCCCAGGACCUCCCUCCUGCCCGCAACACCUCCAGCGUUCCCCUGGGGCCAGUUCCAUGCCCAGUAGGGGCUGGAGGUCACGGGGACAAGCAGCAUUCAAGAAGCAACACCAGUCUCGAUGGCAAAGCAGGGAGGGAGGAGGCACCCCUGCGCCUUCCCUUCUUUUUUGUCUUUGCGAUGCUUGCAGGCUCUGCUCUCGGCCGUGAGCUCCCCAGCCUGCGUCCGGCCUCCCUGCUCCGAGUCCUGUGAAAACAAGCAGUUCCCUAUUCAGGGCGGAGGCUAUUUUUUGACUUCCUGGAACAUUUGAACUAAGCAGCUUGCUCGCAUCAGCGCUGGCUCGCUAAAGGUCAGCUAUUGACAGAUGGCAGGGCUGAGCUGCAGCCCCAGGCCCCGCUCAUCCCUCUGCAGAGGAGAUGCUCCGGGGCCUCCGUGCUGCGGGUCUGUUUCAGGUAGUGAUGAUGGGGACCAGGCCAUCAAGCCAGUCACAGCCGUGCCCCAACAUCUGUCCCCACUAUUGAGGUCAAGGUUUGUUUCAGCCCGUAUCUCCCCAUUGGAAAUGGUCGCAGUGCUGCAGCUCUUUGUCAGGCUAUUGGGAGCAGCCCAUGCAGAAGUGCCUUACAGACUUGCCUCUGCUCCGUUGGUGUCACGGAAAAGGUUGGGUUGGUGGUUGGUUCGUUUGUUUGUUUUUAAGUUAUAUUUAUUUCAUCCCAUUUUAAUUGCACAAAACACUAAACCUUAAUGCAUGGAAUCCCCGUUGUUUUAACUGUCUUUUGAGUUUUUAAACCAUCCCUUUUCCAGCUUUGGAGAAAGGAUUUGAACAGAUACGCUUAGAUAUGUACCAGUUAUCGCUGUACUUUAGCUCUGAGUUGCUCAUAUAUAUAUGUAUUAAUUUUUAAGCCUGUUUGUAAACCAGAUCCCUCACUUGGUGGCUUCAAAAGAAGCGGACUGUUUCUCUCAGCUGCCCUUCCUGAAGGCCGGGAUGGUUGUUGUGAGCUGCUCCCCACCUCCCCUUUGGACCACUGGGUAACUGCUCUGAACACCAACGCACAGUGCCUGUACCAACCUCCUGUAACGGUCCCAAUAAAGGCCUAUGGGAAGCA